AUGGCCCAUCAAGGAGUGCCUAAAUUUGGAAGCUGGGAGGACGAGGGUGAUCACCUUUACACGCAGUAUUUCGAAAAUGCUCGUAAAGGUAAAUCUCCAAGUAGAUCUGCUAGUCAGAAUGACCACAGUGGAGAUCCGGAAGCACUUUCCAAGGAUUCGCCAUCAGCUAAAGCUUCUCCCCUGAGGACUGGGUCAGAUCCUGUGGUGCAAAAGCCCAAGGACGAAAGACGUGCCAACAGAGAAGACGAUCUUCGUCGGCACGAGGCCCCUGCUCGAAGACCGUAUGCUGAGUCAACAACUCAUAAACAUGGUGUUAAUACCAGCUAUGACAGUGCAGCAAGAAAAACUGGCAUGGAGAGAUCGCCUCUGCAUCCUCACCACCAAGCUAGAGUUGUAAACAAAGGAGGGGUUUCAUCUCCUUCAUGGGAACGCAGGGGUUCAUCCGAAGGACACCGUGGAACUGCGCCCACCACACCUGGAAGGUCUAAGAUGAGACCAAGUGGCCGCGGAGAUGAAACGCCUGAGAGAGGAUCAGCUGUGCCCAAGUUUGGAGAAUGGGAUGAGAAAGACCCGUCCACAGGUGAAGGUUUCACCGACAUAUUUAACAAAGUGAGGGAGGAGAAGCAGUCUGGCGAUGCUCCUGUUAUCACCAGUGACACAGGUUAUAACCGCUCCAAUCAAGGCCGCAAAUACGAAUCCUCAGUUAAAGCAUUUAUUUGCAUGUGCUUCUUAUAG